GAGCAAUAUGAAUGUUUAAAAAUUACGCGAACAGCAUAAAAUUGCUUAAAAGCCUGCCUACUUAGUUUAAGAAAACAAUUUUAAUGCUACUAUUCUGCUAAUGCAAGCACUCAUUGCUAAUAGCUUUUUAUUUUUUUAUUGGAAAUUGGUGAACCAACUAAAUGUUUAACUUCAGCGAUAAUUAUGUUGAAUAUACAUGCAUAUUAUAAAAGUUUGAUCCAAUACAGAGAAUACACGUCGCGCGCUCUAGUUUCACCGUCGUUACACGUUAACGACCAAUUAACUGAAAAAAUACUGGGAAUAUGUUAACAAACAAUGAAAAGAAGUAGAGUGAAAAGGCCGCGGGACAAAAACCAAAAAAUGGAUAGAGUUCUUACUGAUUUUAUAAUGAUAAUAUUCGUUUUGUUCGCAAUUUAUUUGGUGACUGCGUAUGAGCCGAUGACUAAGGAAGAGCACAUUGCGAAGUUCAAUAAAAUGAAUGACGAAGUGGAGCCGUUCAGAAAGAAUUUGACAGAAUGUUCGCGCCAAGUAAAAGCUUCUAUGGUAGACAUUGAAAACUUCUUGAAGAGAAUUCCUCAGACAUCGAUGCAAGGCAAAUGCUUCGUGGCCUGCAUCCUGAAGAGAAACGCGAUCAUAAGAAACAACAAGGUAGACGAUAACGGCCUUCUGGAAGCUAAUAGAGCUGUCUACGGAGACGACAGCGAAGUGAUGUCAAGGUUAAAGUCUGCCGUCGGGGAAUGCAAACAGGUCGUAGAUAAUAUUUUCGAGAUAUGCGAGUAUGCUUCGAUUUUUAAUGAUUGUAUGCAUAUGAAAAUGGAACAUAUUCUUGAUAAAGUGACUUUGGAGAGGCGCAUGGAGGCUUUGGGCCAGAUGAGCACCGACACUGACACUUGGACAGAUGAAGAAGACGAAAUGUUGAAAUUGCUAAAAGAUGAACUGUGAAGACUUUUUAUUUUAUUAAAAAUUAGUACGUGUUU